AUAUUCUACCUCUGUCUUUAUAUACAGAUUUGAAUCAUGGCACCGAUAAACGAAGAGGGCUUAAAGCCACCCCAUAUAUACGUUUUAGACGGCGGAUUCUCCACGCAACUUUCUUGUCACGUAGGUCACGUCAUUGACGGUGACCCUCUUUGGAGCGCCCGCUUCUUGCAUACACACCCCAACGAGGUCGUGAAUACUCAUCUUGACUUCCUUAGAGCUGGAGCAGAUUUAAUUAUAACGAAUACGUAUCAAGCGUCAGUAGAUGGCUUCGUGGAGCACUUGGACGUAACACCCGAACAAGGCUACGAGCUCAUUCUACGUGCCGUGGACCUCGCUAAGCAAGCGCGAACUUUAUAUCUAGAAGAAUAUCAGGACUACAUGCAAAGUAGCCAUGUUCCAUUGGUUGUGGGAUCAGUCGGGCCGUACGGGGCUCAUCUGCACGACGGAUCGGAAUACGAUGGCAGUUAUGCAGAUACAACAUCCGUUCAGACUAUGCGUGAAUGGCACAGGCCUCGGAUGCAAGCUCUGGUGGAUGCGGGAGUAGAUUUAUUGGCUCUAGAGACGAUACCAUGUCAGGAAGAGGCGGAGAUGCUGUGUGACUUGCUACGUGAAUUUCCUACAAUCAAAGCUUGGUUGGCCUUCAGUUGCAAGGAUAACCAAAGUAUAGCCCAUGGUGAAAGCUUCCAAAAAGUGGCAAAAAAAUGUUGGGAAGCAAAUCCGGAUCAGCUAGUUGCUGUGGGAGUGAACUGCUGCGCGCCGUCCUUUGUGUCGAAUCUCCUAAAAGGGAUCAACGACGAUCGACCACAUGCCCCUAUUCCGCUAAUCGUUUAUCCGAAUUCGGGUGAAAAAUACAAUCCUCAGAUUGGAUGGAUUGAUCGUGAUAAAUGUGAGCCCGUUGAGGUGUUUAUUCAAGAGUGGUUAGAUCUCGGAGCGCGGUACGUCGGAGGAUGUUGUCGCACGUACGCCGCAGAUGUAUCACGCAUCCGCAAUCAGGUGCACUGCUGGCGGGACCGAUGGCGUUUUAAGAACAGAUACGAAGCGAACACAUCCCCAAAUGUCAAUUGAACUAAUUACAUCUACAUGUACACGAGUUUGACAUUGUUAUGUUAGAGUUAACAUAACAAUGAGGUCGAGAACAAUACAAACUCUUUUUUAAAUUACUUAACAGUAAACAUACAAUUAAUUAAGAAUUUACUCAAAAUUUACGUAAAAAAAUGUGUUAAAAGCGAGUUAAGAAACAGCACACAGCUGUUAACGUACAAUUGCGUUCUUAUUAAACCAUAAUAUUAUUGUUAUUUUUAAUUAAUUGCAUUUCUGAGAUCGAAUUAUUAGCAUCACUAAAAACUGACUUGUAAAUAUUAUCAUGUUAAUUGUUGUGCAUUAAAAAUAUAUAAAUAUAUAAAACAA